AUGAGAUUUCGUGCGAGACUGGCCCCGUUAUGGCAAGGACCUAUGGGCCGAGCUAUGACCGCGAUACUGCCACCAGCUAAUUUUUUAACGUUACAUUAUGUCUACUUUAUUGUGACAUGUCUGGUCAGCAGUAUUAUAUUUUAUUUGACAUCGACACCAUGGCAGAGUGUCGCUUAUGUUGAUGCUAUCUUCCUAUGCGUCAGUGCGAUGACUGGCGCUGGAUUAAAUACGGUUGAUCUGUCAACUCUCAAUACGGUUCAGCAAGUUAUUCUAUUCGUUUUGCUCAUUCUUGGCUCUGUGAUAUUCGUCUCCAUCGCCGUGCUGAUUGUCCGCAAGCGAGGAUUUGAGGCAAAACUGCAAAUCGUUUCAGAAGAGCGUAACGCUUCACGUCAGGCAUCAAUUCUGGGAUUACAGAAUGCAACCUGCGCCGACACAACAGGCUAUGAGCUCGAGGCACAGGGCAAAUCCCGACCACAGACUGUGACCGUUCAUGAAACCCAAGUGGGCUCCAGUGAUCGGGCUACAUGGGAUGACGGCGACCAGAUCACAAUUGCAGAUACAGUAGCCCAUCGUCAUCACCAUCGGGUUUUCCCCAUGGUCGGUGUGGGCGCAAGACCUGAUCUGAAUAAUCACCCUCGUGAUGCGGCACCAGUGCCUCUAUACCCAGUCGAGUCACCCAAAUCGAAGCUGGAAGAUCUGAACCAAGGCUCACAGAAAUACUUUUGGUCAAAGGGAAUGAUAUCUCGCAACUCGCAAUUCCACGGGUUAACAUCGGCCGAACGUGAAAAACUUGGUGGAGUCGAGUAUAAAGCCGUCUCUUUUCUGUCGGUCAUCGUUUCACUUUACCUGAUCGCCUUCCUCGUCCUUGGAGUAGUCGGCAUUGGUACCUGGAUGCAGGUAAACCACCCAGAGAUUGCACAGGAGAAUGGCCUCUCGCCAUUCUGGACAGGUGCCUUCUUUGCCGUGUCAGCGUUUGUGAACAGCGGUAUGGCUCUUUUGGAUAAGAAUAUGACCGCUUUACAAUUGAAUGCUUACCCACUCCUCACCAUGGCGAUGCUGAUUCUUGCUGGCAACACCCUCUAUCCCUGCUUUUUGCGAUUCAUUAUUUGGACCAUGAGAGCCUUAUUGCCCGAUCGCCCGGCAUGUACGUCAUGGCGUAUGACUUUGGAUUUCAUAUUGGAUCAUCCACGCAGGGUUUAUACAAACCUUUUCCCGGCUCGUCAUACUUGGUAUUUACUCGGAACAAUCAUUGUUCUCAACGCCAUAGACUGGGCUGGUUUUGAGAUCUUAUCUAUCGGCAACAAGGAAAUCGAGAGUUUACCAUCUGAGUAUCGAGUUCUGGAUGGGCUGUUCCAAGCUGUUGCUGUUCGUUCUGGAGGGUUCUACGUCGUGACGAUCUCUGAUCUACGCCAGGGCCUGCUUGUACUCUAUGUUCUCAUGAUGUACGUCUCCGCAUUUCCAGUGCUGGUGACAAUGCGCAACACAAACGUUUACGAAGAACGCUCCCUCGGAAUCUACGCCAAUGAUGAAUCAGCCAAAUCUCCCGCCAAUACAAGCCGCAGUAAUGUUCUCGUUGACCUAAUUCGACACCACCUAGGCCGACCCAGCGCCUCAGAGACAUCCCGCGGCUACUUUGUGCACCAGCAACUCCGAUCCCAACUCAGCCACGAUCUUUGGUGGAUCGCACUAGCCGUUCUCUUCAUCGCCAUUGCGGAAUCGGACCACUUCUCCGCACACCCUGUCGCAUUUGCGACCUUCAAUAUCAUUUUCGAGGUUGUGUCGGCGUAUGGCUGUGUCGGCGUAAGUGUGGGUUAUCCAGGGAAGAAUUAUUCGUUCUGUGGAGCGUGGCAUCCUAUUAGUAAGCUUAUUCUUGCAGCUGUUGCGUUGAGAGGUAGACAUAGGGGGUUGCCGGUUGCUAUUGAUAAGGCGAUUAUGUUGCCGAAUGAGUCUUUGGCGUGGGCGGAAGAGGAGGAUGCCGCGUUGAGGAAGGAAAGGACAAGGGCCUGGGGGGAGGAUCGAAUGCCUGUUGGGUCGGUUUAG